CACACGCGACAGGAUAGACCACGUGCACACACACAAACACAAGCUCGAUGUUAGAGACCGGCGUCUAUCUGUUGCCGUGAGCGUGCUGAUUCCUUGCACUCUCACCAUGGCACCGCUGAGGAGCUGCGUUCUGCUUGUGAUUACUGCAGCUGUGUAUGUGACAGAAACCCAGGCUCAGACGGCAAGCGAGUGUGGAAUAGCCCCGCUCAACACUCGCAUCGUGGGGGGUUUGGACACCCUCGCGGGCAGCUGGCCCUGGCAGGCCAGUCUUCACCUGAAUGGGAGACACAUCUGUGGCGGGACCCUCCUCAAUAGCCAGUGGGUCAUGACCGCAGCCCACUGCAUACGCAGCCUUACUCUAGCCAACUGGAGGGUUUACCUGGGCCGGCAGGUGCAGUCCGGGAGCAACCCCAACGAGCAGAGCCUCUCCAUUAUUCGCAUCGUCACUCACCCGCAGUACAACAACACGCUCUUCAACAACGACGUGGCUCUUAUGCAACUCAGCACCAGCGUCACCUUCACCAACUACAUCCGCCCCAUCUGCCUGGCCAACAGCAGCAGCACCUUCCACAACGCCACCUCCUGCUGGGCCACCGGAUGGGGCAACAUCGGCAAGGACGUGUCCCUGCCUGCGCCUCAGACGUUGCAGGAGGUGGAGGUGCCGGUGGUGGGGAACAGACAGUGCACCUGCCAGUACGGACCUGAAUCAAAUGGAAUCAUCACAUCGCAGAUGAUCUGUGCCGGCUCCUCAGGCAGGGGAGUUUGUCAGGGAGAUUCUGGGGGACCCCUGCAGUGUAAACAGGGGUCUCAGUGGAUCCAAGCCGGCCUGUCCAGUUUCGGGGUUCCCUGUGCCACCGCACAGUUCCCAGAAGUCUUCGCCCGUGUCUCUAUGUUCCAGCAGUGGAUCACGGAUACCGUGGCGGGGACGAGCGUGGGCUUUGUGAACUUCAGGUCGUCAGGGAAGGACGGCGACAGCAGUUUUGUGUGCAGCAGCACGUCCACGUUGCCAGGGAGCUCCUCCGCUGCUCUCCGCCGCGCCCCUGCGGCCGUCCUGCUGCUUCUCAUGUCUGGACUCUGGCUCAUCGAGAGCGGCUCAUUAGACAGCUGAAGGCAGUGAGGCCUUCCGUUUCGGACACUGACUCCAACUCCCAGCAUCCUGUCUGUUUCUGCUAUCUCACUCACUGACUUUAACUCCCAGCAUCCUGUCUGUUUCUGCUAUCUCACUCACUGACUUUAACUCCCAGCAUCCUGUCUGUUUCUGCUAUCUCACUCACUGACUUUAACUCCUGGCAUCCUGUCUGUUUCUGCUAUCUCACUCACUGACUCCAAGUCCCAGGAUCCUCUCUGUUUCUGCUCUGUAUCACUCACUGACAUAGACUCCCAGCAUCCUGAGAAUAAUACAGAUGAAAGGUUCCACACGAAAAGUGGAAAGUUCUAUGAAGGGUCAUUUUAAUCACACACAUGGUCACACACACAGACAAUCUCUCUCUCUCUCUCUCUCUCUCUCUCUCUCUCUUCUCUCUCUCUCUUCCUCUCCCUCUUUCUCACAAUGUUGAAUAAAGCAAAACGGUGUGGACGGACCCUAUUUAAGUGGGUUCUUAGUAGUUCUAAGGGUUCUAAGAGACUGUGGAGGCAGUGUGAGACACUGCCUGGUUGUUGCAAUUAUUUCAGUCUGUUUUGUAGCUCUGUGAUAAAUCAUUAUCAUUAAAAUAUUCCUGUAUG